AUGAACGGUGGGGCUGUGGCUUCAGUGAUGCUAAUGAUGGUGGCAGUAGGAAAUGCGUAUAUUACGGGCAAUGGAUAUAACAUCGUCACCAAACAUUCCUCGCAAUACUUCGACAAUGGCGUCGGAACAGGUGGUAACUCGAUCGAGUCCUACCAUCCAUCAGGCAUCGGUUCUGGUUACAGUGAGGCCGGUAUUAUUGGCUACCAGUCGGCACAGGCGUACCCGGAGAACGGCUACGAUUACAGCGAUCACUACGCAUACCCCAAGUACAAAUACAAUUACGGUGUACAGGAUGCGCACACCGGCGAUCACAAGAGCCAGUGGGAAAUCCGCGACGGUGACGUCGUCAAAGGAGGUUACACGUUGUAUGACGCCGACGGCACAAAACGUGUGGUCGAGUACACCGCUGACAAGCACCACGGAUUCAACGCUGUCGUGAAGAAGAUCGGCCACGCCAGUCACCCUCAGGUGUACAAGACGGAACAUGGCAUUUCUGGAGGAGGCUAUGACGAAGCGGAAGGCUACAGCUAUAGCAACAUCAAUCAGCAUCUGUGA